CCAACUCUUUGGAAGGGGGGUAACUGUUUACGCUAUGCAGCAUUUAUUUCUAAUCUGUUACAAUGAUUGUUCAUAUAAAUUGAACCAGACCAUUUCCCCUGAAUUUUUAUGAAUGAAAAAGAAAGUGUAUGAAAUUUCUCGUUCUAUAUUCCUUCAAUUAACUAUUCUAAAUAGAUUGACCUUGAUUGCAUGUAAAAAUAUCAAAUUUCUAAGAUUGACGUCGAAUUUUAACAGCGGAUUUAACUGAUUCGUAUCAAAGCAAUGUCAAUCGGUCUGCGGUUUUAUUUUUGUACAUGAAAAGCAAAUUUAGACACGAGUACUUGCCGCUAGUUGAGUAUGAUAUUUGAAACAAAAUCAUAGUAAGUUUAAAAGGUUUAACUAAAGGGCAAAUUCACUGAGAUAUUUUGUGUUGGAAAGAAACAAAACGGUCUUGAAAGAUAAAAUCAAAGUGAAAAGGAUCUAACAAUUGUCAAGCGGGUUUUCAAUGGGCACAAUUACGUCAAAAUAACUAAAAGAAACUAAAAUUCCAAGUAAGGAAAGACAUUUAAAUAAAAAAUAUUUGAUUCAAUUACAAAUGGAUUAGUGAAUAUGUCAUCCAGUAUUUUGUUGAUAUAAAUAGAAAUGAAACGCUAGCUUCAGCACGUGCUGUACAUCUGAUUAAAUGGCGCGAGUUAGACGGAACUUGAACUCGUCAAAAUCUAAGAAAUCACAGUAUUCAUAUGGAGCCGAGACAGACAUUGGCAUUCAAGAUGUAUAUGACCGACCUUUCCAGUGUCCAACCCAUUCUACAUGCAAUGUGAACCUGUACUGCUGUUUCUGUGAGAAGCCUGUCUGUGAAAAAUGCAAAACCACUGCGCAUGCGCGUCACAGCACCGAAAUUAAAGGGCGAAAUGCGUUGAUUCGCGCGGCAAAAUACAAACGGAAAAUCAUUCAGAAAAUGUUGGACACUCGAAAAAGCUUAGUUAUUCCCAGAAUCAAGGCAAUAAUAAUAGAAAUAUGUGAGAGCAAAACUAGGUUACACGACCGUGUGGAGAAUGCGAGGAGACGCUACGAGAGUUAUGCCAGUAAACACAGGGACAAACUCUUCACAUCGGAGGAAGAGUUUGAAGGCGGACUCAUUGCCAGGUCAAAAAGAUAUUAUGACACAAUGGACGAGAAAUUGUCAUUUCUAAAGGAGCAACUGUUUGAUGUUGAGACGGGUCUUCAUCUUAUUCAAGGUCAGCUGGAUUCAGCUUGUCACGCGGAACUUCUGCUGAUUUUUAAUUCACUACGCACAAGUGUCGAGACGUUGCACGAGCCAAAAUGGCCGCGUGAAGAAAUACUAGUAACGAUAAAACUUGAAACAGUUCCGGUAUUUGGUGCUGUGCAGUUGCAUACAGAAAAUCUUUACGAUAAAAACUGUACCGUGUCCUUUGAUCACGAAAUAAUUGAACCAGUAAUAUAUUCUAGAAUGUUUGACACCAGGUUAGCCAUUCCGAAAAAAGCAUUUGAUGACGAGCUUGCAAAAGUGUCUUUGUCGUCUGCUUCACAACUGUACGCCUCAUUUGGUGAAUACAUUCUCGUUUAUACUCUAGACAGCAGACGAAACAAUAAAGGACGCUGUAAUAUUCAUUUUACCACCAUUAUGACCGUUAGGGACAACAUUAUUGAUAUUUCAAAUGAUCAAUAUGGCCUUCUGUUUUACUUAACUCAGAAAUCGGUUAAUUCUGUUACAAUGCAUGGGAAAUUUUUGAAAUGUUUCUCUGUCACUGAGACACCGAGUGCCAUUUGCGUAACCAAGGACGGUAACUCUGAUAUAUAUGUCGCUUUUCAUGACGCCGGAAAGAUAAUGAAAUAUGACAGGCACGGUUCAAUUUUGAUGGAACUUAUUCAUCCUGAUCCAAAGAUGGUUUACCGAGCAAGGCAUUUGACCUUGAACUAUAUUGGGGACAUUUUCUUCUCAGACGAUAUCUCAAAUGUCACUAUCUUAGAUAGUAAUGGUAUUUGGAAAGGGGCUAUAAAUCGUGACGUCACGACCUCGUCAAAAUGUGGACCUUUUCGUCCGACUGGAAUCGCGUGUUCAAAUCAACGUCACGUCUUUAUCCUUGACGGCAAUGUAACACCAAAUGUGCACAUUUUCAGUGAAGAAGGAAAAUACUUACAAACUGCAGUGUUUAAGAACCUUAAAGACGCGUACGUUUUGAAUAUCGAUCGGUCAGGUGACCUUUGGGUAGCCUUUAAAGAUGGUCGUCUGCGUGUUUAUAGACCUAAUCUUAUGAAGGAUUUGAACAAACCUAUCAGCUAGUAUGAUGGCAGUCUCUGUUGGAACAAAAUAGUUGCCACUGGAGGCAGAAGUUAAUCAUAGUUAAAUCAAUACAAUACAAAUACAAUUAAAAGAGUAUACACUAUCAAUUACCACAAGAAACAUUUAUGAUAUAUGUAACAAAAACUUACAAUUAAAGUUAUUAAGAAGUUCACAUUUAUAUGUACCUCCGAAUAAAACACAAAUAAAGCUCAUCUCAACUGUUAUUUAGUUAAUAAUUAUUUUAUUGAAUCUCAGAAAACAGUACAACAUUGGAAAGAAAAAUGAUUAAUAGGAAAAUAGGUUAUAGUAUCAAUAAUUAAAUUUUAUUUUUCAAUUAUUUGUUCGUCUAUAAACUGACAGGAAAUAAAAUUU